GCCCAGGCUUCUAAGUUCUAGCUAUAAGUAGCAUCCUCUCACCAUCUCCUCCUAUCCAAAGAAAACUGCAUCUCCAACCAACUAUACCCUUUCUUACUUUGUGAUUCCUAAUCAUCUUGAAAAUGGGUGUCACCACUUCCACUGAGGAACAUACCAACACCAUUGCUCCAGCAAGGUUAUUCAAGGCAUCCAUCCUUGACUCUCACAACUUGAUCCCAAAACUCAUGCCACAGGCCAUUAAAAGCAUUGAGAUUCAAGGCAAUGGAGGGGCUGGCAGCAUCAAACAGAUCAACUUUGCUGAAGGUAGUACUUUGAAUUGUUUGAAGUACCGAAUUGAUGAGCUCAACAAAGAGACGUUCACUUACAACUAUACUCUGAUUGAAGGUGAUGCCUCGAUGGACAAGCAGAUUGAAUCAAUUUCUUAUGAGGUUAAGCUUGAGCCGUCUCCUAAUGGUGGAACUGUCUCUAAGAUGACGAGUAAAUAUUACACCAAGGGUGAUCUUGAGCUCUCGGAAGAGUUCAUUAAGGCUGGCAAGGAAAAGGCCAUGGGAAUGUACAAGGUUGUGGAAGCCUAUCUCCUGCAAAACCCUGAUGCCUAUGCUUAAUGUUCUUAUUCUCUAUGGUCUCUUAAGUGU